GCAGGACCCUACUUGGCGCUAAGUAGAUGCAUACAUAAAGAGGGGGGUUUCCAGUGAGAACCCGAAGUGAAUUCACUUCCUCUUCCCUUCCUGUUUACUCACUAUCGCCUAGUAUAUUUGUUGGCUGCUGUCGAGGGGUGGCUUUUUGUUUGUUUCUUUCUUUUUAAUCUGCUUGGAGCAGGAUGUGGUUUUAUAAUAGCAUCCCCUGGCGGAUACCCACUGCCAUGGUCCUUUGUUGGAUCAUUGGGUUGGCGCUGGCUCUGGGCCAUCACUUUUAUUACUAUUCUUUGAAUGAUACUAUUGUUGGUGACCAAAAUAGACAGGCAUGGUCCUCGAGAAUCGGGACGGGACUUGCAUUCUUAACCAAAACCUUCCUGACCACGGCUGUUGGUAUUGCUUGUGUCCAGAACCUGUGGUGGAUCUUACGAUUAACCCCAAUGAAAUUAUCAACCCUGGACUCGAUGCUUGACAUAAGAGGAAGCAUUUUCAAUUUCUUUGAUCUUCACGUCUGGCUUCGCGGCCCGAAUGUGGCUAUCCUAGGGUUGAUUUCAUGGUUGAUCCCCAUUGUUACGGUUGUCACACCGUCCACUCUCUCAAUUCAAUCAACAGUGGGAUCGAAUAUGUUCAGCCAGCCAAUGCCACAAAUCGAGUACACGCUUCUUAAAUACUUUACCCUAGAUGAAGGUGGUGUAUCAUCGCCGACUCCCAGUGUCAUCCGUCUUGUGACCGGCACCAUAAUCCAGGGCACAAUUCCGAAUAUCCCAGCACCCGCUAUAAAUUCUUCAUACCAACUGAAUUUCACGGCACCCUUGAUCCAGUGCACUAAUUCCAGCACCAAGGUCAGGGACGAUAUAACGCAUUAUGUCCAUAACAAGACGCAAUUCUAUAUAGAUUAUAUUGCCUUUUCACCCACCUCGGACAAUAUCACCUUUGCUCUGGACGAAGUAUUCUAUUACGACUCCCCGUCAAUAUUAGCUGCCACGGACAAUGGCAACACCUCCGCCGAUGUCGCAGAUAAGCUAGUUAUCGCAGUAAACCCGUAUAUGACCACAGGCUCAAGAGUGGUGGUCGAAUGCGGCAUGUACAACGCCUCCUAUACGGCCAACUUUGACUACACCAAUGGCGAGCAGUCUAUUGAAAUUGUCGAUCUCCAUGUCCUCAAUCGAGUCCCUAAACACGAUUCCCACACUCUCCCGGCUCCUGCCAACGAAAACCAGUUGUUCGCAUAUACAUCCAUUAUGGAUACAUUCAAGACUGCUCUAGAAGGAUUGUGCUGGGCAUCUCCUGACCGUUGCACAGACACCCAGAUAUACACUUCCUCCCUUGUGAACUCGAAAGAAAUCUGGGAGCUCGUGUACGGGGAUGAAUCAGUGGGGAAUGUGUCGUACAGAACAUUACCCCGUUUAGUCGAGGUGGCCUCGGAGCUAGGAAGAAACAUAACCCUGAGUUUCUUCAGCAACGAUUACUUUCUCCAAAACACAAGUCAAGCCAAAACAAUCAAUGUCACAGUCUACCAAAACCAAACCAAAUACUCAUACGCCCAGAGAAACCUCCUGAUCGCGUACGGCGUGGCAGUUGUCGUCUCGCUAUUAUGCGUGAUUGCCGGGUUCCUAACAAUGGUCGACAACGGCUUCGCAUUUACCGACUCCUUUUCGACUAUCCUGCGCGCAACCAGGAACUCCGACUUCGACGAUAUCGUGCCAGUGGCCGCGACAACUGGGGCGGAUCCUCUGCCUCGCUCCGUUGCGAAAACGCGGGUUCAAUGGAUGCCCUCGAGUGGAGGAAGCGAGGGUAUUGCUGGCUUGAAGCCUCUCCCGGCUGAUGACGACGAGAAGAAGAAAUAUAAACAGGUCCAGGAGUCGGGUGACGGGCUGAUAUCGUACAGUAAUACGUUGCCGGAUGGACGGCGGCAAAAGAACCAGCAGCUGUCUUCUAUAUCGCGCAUCAAUGCAUCGAGGGACGGAUUUAUCUAGUAGGUAGAUAGAUUUCACAGGAUAUGAUGCUGCAUACGACCGCUGGAUGACUUGGAAAUGGUUUAUGCAAUUGGUGGAAAUAUAUACAAAACUGAACGCAAUUAUUUACACACGUCACAUCACGUCAUUUGAAAUCGUCCUAUUCCCACCCACCGUCCAAGGGCUCUGGAUACCGUCUGAUCGCAGGCAACGGUGCGCUUGGUGGGAUCCAUGACGGUUGCACAAUGGGUCAUUUCGUUGGUGGUUGGGUACAUCGUGGUCCAGGCCACGAUUUCGUCUAAUG